AUGCGUACCUUCAACCGCCUAUCCCCCAUCAUUCUCUUCCUGCUGGCGGCCCAAAAAGCUCUCGUCUCGGGUCUGACAAACUUCGACGACUGGGCUCACCAGCGCGUGGCCCUCGAAAACGUCUCCAUCCACCUUCGCUACGCAGGUUCUGGCCCCCCGAUCCUCUUACUGCACGGGAGCCCGCAAUUCAGCUUGACAUGGCGCAUCAUCGGACCCAUCCUCGCAGACAACAACUACACCGUCAUCGCCCUUGACAACCGCGGCACCGGAGAUUCGUCGAUCUCUCCAGACGGGAAUUACACUGCCAUGGCUUCCGCCGCGGAUACCAAGGCUGUUCUCGAUUUCUUGAACAUCACUUCUGCCUACGUCGUGGGGCAUGACUUCGGCUCCGGCAUAGCGACCGCCCUCGCCGCCAGCUACCCAUCCCUGGUAAAGAGGCUCGUGGUCACGGAAUUCGUCCCUCCGGGCUUCGGAUUCGAAACCGCGCGGACACCAGCGCCAUACUGGGAUCUCUACGCGAACUGGCAACUGGCGUUCUUCUCGAUCCCGGACGCCGCCGAAUUCUUCAUCUCGGGCAAAGAGAAACAAAUGCUCGAGUGGUUUUUCUUCCACGGCAGCUAUUCCGGGGUGACGAGUUUCUCCGAAGACAUUGUCAACAGAUACACCAGUUCGAUCUCCAAGCCAGGAUUUCUGAGGGCCAUGCUUGCCUCGUACGACGUUCGGGGACUUGCGGCCGUGGCCAACUUUUUCAAAGGCACGGUCGGCAUCAAUCCUCUACAGAUGCCGACACUGGCUAUGGGAGGGGAAGCCAGUCUAGGCCCUUUUGCUGGGCAGCUGUGGGAGAACAUCACAGCUGAUCUCGAGACAGAUAUCAUUCCCAAGGCAGGGCAUUGGAUAGCGGAUGAGAACCCGGCGUGGGUUGCAACUCGUGUCCACCAGUUUCUCGAGCAGGAGCAGAAUCCCCCGCCUUCUAUCGAUCUCUCUGAUCUGGCGGACAAAGUGACCCUCACAGUUGGGUAUUUCGGAACCUUGGGCAACGUCGCUCUAGCAAACUCGUGA